AAGGAAGGGUCUGGGUGCCUUUUUUUUUAUUUUAAUCCUACAUAACCUCCUCCUCCUCCCUCUGUCCUCAUGGCCAAGUUGGAGGAGUCCGAUCCUCUCCUCAAACACAUCGACGGCGCCAGCCAGGAUCCGGCCUCCCCUCCUGUGCCCCAGGCGGAGGCGCAACGAGCUCCACCACCUGCGCCUCAAGUGACGGCUCCCUCCGUCCCCACGAAGGGGCACGCCCAAUGGGCCGCCGAGGCACUCCCUGUCCCGCACGGGAGCGUCAUCGGCGAGCCCGUACCCCGCGCCCAGUGGAGCUCCGGCCUGUUUGACUGCCUCGGUCGGAACGAUGAGUUCUGCAGCAGCGAUCUUGAAGUUUGUCUUCUAGGAACCUUUGCUCCGUGUGUGCUGUAUGGAAGUAAUAUGGAGAGACUUGGAGAAGUUCCUGGCUCCUUUGCAGAGAAUUGCUUCCCUUAUACUAGUCUUUUUUUGGCUGGGAAUUGCCUCUUUGGUUGGAAUUGCCUUGCGCCAUGGCUGUCUCAUCGUAGCCGAACCGCCAUCCGUCAUAGAUUCAACCUUGAGGGAGAGUUUGAGGCAUUCUCAAAAUCUUGUGGAGGUUGCAAUCUACUGAAUGAGGAUAAGCAGAGGUUCGAGACAUUUGAACAAGUUUGUGACUUUGCCACACAUUUGUCAUGUCAUGUAUGCUCCCUUUGCCAAGAAGGUCGUGAGCUGCGCCGAAGGUUGCCCCAUCCAGGAUUCAAUCUGCAACCAGUAAUAGUUAUGAUGCCGCCGAUGGAACAAAACAUGGUUCGCCAAGAAUGACAUUCAUAUCAUAGUACAAUCUUGCUGAUGGGAGCAAUUGCUUAGUGAAUUGAAGAUGUCACUAAGGAUUUUAAACCAAGACACUGAUACUUUUACAUAUUUGUGCAUUAUCUGUCUCCUCGCCUUGUCAUUUUCAGUGUGGUUGAUCUAAGUCGGUGUGAACAAAUUCAGUUUCCUGGUAAAACGAUCCUAAAGCCCUUCAGCUUUAUUUAACCAUCUGUAUAUUCUCGCAGCAUCUAUUGUUGUUACUUUUA